UUAUCUGUCAAUGUUUUGUAUGUAUGUAUGUAUCCGCAUAUGUUGUAGGAUGAUUUUGUGAGGAAAUAAAAACAAAAAGCAUAGCAGAGAGAGAGAGCAUGGGGUGUGCUACAUCUGCUUAUGCUGUUGUCGGAAGGAAGAACAAGAAAAGGAUCAUCCAAGAAUCCGUUGUGUUUGUUCUUCAGUUCCGUGUUCCUGUUCAGUCUGAUCUUCAGCGUCAUCUCAAGGGCGUUGCUCCUAAGGCCACCGUCGAUCGAUUGACAUGUCUAAGGAAUCAGAUUCAGUUGGUAGCGGAGGACACAGGGGGUUCUGCCGUCUCUGAGCUGCGUACAGCUUUGGAGGAGUACCUGUCUCUUCUAACCAGUCUCGUCAAGAAAAAGAAUGAUGGAAUGGAGGGAUGCGUGGAGUUCAAAUGGACAACUCUUGGAGAUGGUCGACGAGCAGAGAUAUGUUUCACAAACCUUUGGAUGGAGAUAUUGACAGUGAUUCACAUGAUGACUGCUUUGGCUUUGACUGAAGCUAACUCUCUCAUGAUUCCAAAGGAUUGUUCUGAUUCUGGCAAUGGCGUCCGUGUGGUCUCCUCUGAUUGCAGGAGAGAUGCAGUUGACUUGCUGCUCAAGGCGUCUGGAUACUUGGAGUUUUGCGUCCGAGAGAUUCUGACUCGCUUUCCACCUGAAAUAAAGACUAAAUUGCCAGAUGAUAUGCAGGAGAGUGUAAUGCAAACUCUCUCUAUCCAAGCACUUGGCCAGGGAACUGAGAUUCAACUUGGGUUAGCAGUUGAUAGCCAGAAAGCAACACUGUCUGUGAAGAGGAGACUUGCAUGUGAGCAAGUCAUCUAUUUCACUCAGGCAUAUCACUGCUUGUCUGAUUGUGAAGCAGUUAGCCAUGGAUGCGCCAAGAAGCUACUCCGGUUUAUCUACUGGAAGUUUCUGGAAGCAAAGGCUGCCGCAUACUACUACCAUGGACUGGUAACGGACAAAGGAACUGAGCCAUCUUGCCACGUGAUUGCGGUGUGUUGUUUUCUUGCAGCUGCAGAGAUUCUAGGAGAAAGCAAGAAGGCCUGCUUUAGCUUCUGCUUGGCUCCUCCUGUCACCAGGGCUCCUCCUAUGUGGGGAGUUAUGAAGCAUUUGAGCCAAAAGAUUCCAGAAGUUGCUUUUAGGAAGUCUCAGACUUAUGGAUACUUGCUUGAAGAAGAAGAGAAAGCAAUGCAGUGUUUGCCAGAGCUUCCGGACUUUCAACUGUCAUUGAGACCAGACGAGUUUGAACUGCCUGAAAUGGAGGAUGUAUCUUCCGCAGGAAACCAGACCCAUUUGCUUAGAGAACAUCUUGACAACUCCUCUGAGAUUGAUGAUGAUGAUGAUGCUGACCUUGAUCGUUGA